CUAGGGGGGGGGGGGGGGAUGGUUAACUAGAUGAACGGACCGGCAUUAAGACCCGGUGUAAUCCAGGUUUUGCUCGAAGGAGGGCCGUCGAUGCUUUUUCCUUACCCGUAACUGUGCCAUAGAUGUAAUUCAACACCGCCGCUUACAGAGUGGCAUUUAGCUGGUUUAGUGCACGGCGAGGCUGUGUGACACAGCGGACACAGUCCAAACAAAAAAGGACUGAGAAUAAGAGAGACAAGCAGAUCUUUUCUGUGCAGGGUUGUGAUAUUUCGACGCAGCAGGAGAUUCGCUUUGGGAGAAACGGAGACAGCCAAAAUCUGUGUGCCUAUAACUUUAUAUUUUAAAUCCGUAAUUUCGAAGCUCAAAUGGGACGUAGGACGGCGCGUUUGGACACAGUGUUGUUUGUGGCGGAUUGAAUUGGCAAAAUCGCUUUUUUUUUGUCCAGUAGAAACCGGAAUGGUUCGACAGGCUACGUGGGAUUAGAUUGAUUCCCCCCCCCCCCCCCAAAAAAAUGGAUGGAAAACAGGAUUUGGUAAUUGAAAACAAAACAAGGAAGAUUAUUUAAAACUGUAAAUAUACGUGUAUUCGGUAGCGUCUUUGUACUUUGGCUACGUGUGUGUGUGUGUGUUCUAAUUUAAAUUUAUAAUGUAUCUCGUUGACCAGCAAUCUUUUGUUAUAUCGCUUAAUUGUUUUACUGAAAUACAUUAUUUUAUGCACGGUGCGAAUUAAUGUCUGUUUAGCAGGCGAUUGUUUUAAUUCAGAUUACGUAAGAGCUAAUUAUAAAUGCUACCAUUUGAAAACAAGUCGAGCAACUGUACCUUCUAUACUGUAACGAAAUAGAGACGACCGAAUUCUGUGCAAUGAAAUAUUAUAGAUGAAAACACAAACGUCUUUUUUAAAAAUAACGCACCAUUUUUUUUUUUGAAAGUGGACAUUUAAAAACAAAGUAAUCUGAAAGAAACCAGCUCGCGUUUAAUUUGAAAACACUUUUUUUUUUUUUUUUUUAACUUUCUUCAUGAUAAACUACAGUGAGAAAGGCGUGCCUGGGAAAACUGUGAUGUUUAGUAUCAACUGGACAGUCUAGUUUUUCCACUUGGGACGAACAAAAACAAAUCACGACUUGAUCUGUUUUCGUUAUAAAUUGUGCACGUUAUUUAUUUGCGCGUGGAAAUGCUCUUAACAAUCGAACACUUUAGAAGCUUAUUUUUAAAAUCUGCAGGCCUUUUUUUGAAUGCAACAUAUUUUUAAAAAAAUAUCAUAUUUUCUUUAAUCAGGUAUAUUUAAACCAAACCUAAACCGUUUUUUUUUAAAAAAAAUUAUUUUAUUAAAACUAUUUAUUUAUCGAUGCCAAAUACUAUCUACGGUGUGAUGGACGACCACCAGAUUACUUAAAAUUGUGUCAAAGUGGCUUUUUAUAUUAUUAUUAUUAUUAUUAUUAUUAUUAUUAUUAUUAUACACCAAAAGCACGCUACUAAAUACGACUUAGUUUGAUUUAAAAAAACGAAACACAAGUAAUCGUCCCAUUGUUGCAAGACACGCCGUUUCAUUGUUUUUGAACCCACUGCCACCCCCGGACCCAAAAUCUACACAUGGACGUCACUGGACCCUCAUUUAGGUCCCUUUCAAUUUAAAUAUCUGGAUUCGGUCUUCUUCGAACCGCGGAACACUGAAAAGAGCCGCCAUGUCGUUGUCUACUGUCCUGGCAAAAGCACUGUUCGACAACGCAGCUGAAAGUCCCGACGAGCUUGCGUUUCGGAAGGGGGACAUCCUGAUGGUGCUGGAACGGGAUAUGGGGGGCGUCCCGGGAUGGUGGCUCUGCUCCCUCCAUGGGAGGCAAGGAAUCGUCCCGGGAAACCGGCUCCGGCUGCUCCAAUCCCAAAACCAGGAUUCGGGGAAUGGGUGCCCUGGCAUACAGGGUGACAGUCUGUACCAGACACCUGGGUCCCAGAAUCAGACACAGCAGGGGGAUAAUCUGUACCAGGCACCCUCCUAUGAAGAGCAGGAAAGUGUCUACCUGACUCCCAAACAAGUGGCAUCUCAGAUUUACCAAGCACCUACUGUGGUGUCAAGCGAAUAUUUGGUGCCGACCCGAGGGAUUUUAGCGUCUGACACAGUUUACCAAGCGCCAGCUCUGCAGAGUGACAGGGUCUACCUGGCGCCAACCAGAUCGGGGUUGGGCGAGCGGUCUGCCCAACUUUCAGCGUUUCAGGCUGCGAGACAGGCUGUGGCAAACGUCUAUGUAUGUCCCACAGCUAAACAUCCACCUGGAGAUAUUUAUCAAGCUCCUACUGAUCCCAAACUGGCUUUCAGAAAUCCAGCUGGGAAUUCUCCAGCGUUUCAGGAAAAAUCGGAUCUGGGAAAAAGCUCGCCGGAUAAUUUGUACCAAGCGCCGACUGGGAUCAAGGAUUUGGGAUCGGAAUCUUUCUAUUUGGCUCCGACUGGGAUACACCAAAUCCCAAAUCCCAGACAAGAAUCCCAAAUUCUGUACCAGACUCCGAAAUCUGCUGCCCCCUUGCCCAAAACCGGCCAUAAAACCGGACAAACCAGCCUCGAAAAUGUCUAUUUAGCCCCGACCAAUGGGGUCGUCCAAAACCAGAUUGUAGGACAGGAAGCCCAAAAUAUGUACAAGUCCCCCAAAAUGUGCCACAAGGUUUUGGGAGCCCCCAAAACUGAAAUUCCCACAUCAACUCAGGAGGCCCUUGGUAAGACUGUGGGUGGUGGAAAUACUGUUAAGGUGCCCCAUGUAUUAAAACAACAUGUGCAACACAAACCGCCAGUGGGGCAAACCAAAGUAUGCCAGAAGGUGGCACCCAUUUCAGUUCGGGACAGUCCAAAGUUACUGCGCAAGGGGGGGAAAGAUGGACCCCAGAUUCCUGCAGCCGUCCCCAGUGGGAAUUCGGGGGAGGCGGACCCUGCGCCCCUGACAGGACAGGAAGAGGGGGAGUAUGUGGAACCAGAUGACGAAAAUCUCAGAACUGAAGAGGUGUAUGAUAUACCUCCCUCCACUAGGUGGGGAUCUCUCACUGCCCCUACACCCGCUGAAGACUCCAGCAGCUGCAUCUACAAUGUUCCUCGAAUCAUCAAUGGGAAGCAGAUCGACCUCUUGCAAGAGGCGGAACAGGAAGUUUAUGACAUCCCCUCCAUGUUCCUCAGAGAAGAGACCUACAACAUCCCAGCAUGCCACGGGCCAUUCAAAGAGGACUCGGAGCCAGCGGGACAGGAAGAGGAAGUGGAAGAGGAUGUUUACAGCGUCCCCUCUCUGGCGGGACAGCCGUCCAUCCUGAACCCCGAUCAGAGGGUCCGGGAGGUGGGGGGCAUGCACUCUGUCCCAGGCCAGGUCCCGGAGGAUUGUGGGAUAUACGAUCUGCCCGCCGCCAGCGUUGCCAUGGAAGAAAUGGACCUCCUAACGGAACCAGAUUUCAUUCGCCGGCUCUCCAUCUCGAGCAAUGGCAGCGGCCAAUCGAAAUCCUCCACCGAAUCGUGCCUGGAAGCCCUGUCUGCCCUCCUCCAAUCGGCUCAGUGCUCUGCCUCGGGCCCCGCCCCUCCUCCCAGAGAGCUGGCCUCCCUGUUGGCCGAGAUAGUCUCAGUCUCCAGGCAGCACGGGGAGUUCGGUGAAACGCUCAGUCGCCUCUCUGAUUUCAUCCCCAGCCUCUCCAGAGGCGCUGCUCCGGACGCUCUGCUCUCAUUGGUCCGGAAGGCCUUGGAAGACUCCGCCUCCCUCCUGGCAGGCCACGCCCACAGGCCCCGCCUCUCCUCCCAGGAGUCUCUCUCCAGGCGGCCCCUGCCCGCUCUGCCGGUGGCGGAGGUGAAGCCGAUGAAAUUGAAGUUAAUGAGGAAGGGCAGCGGCAUCCAGGAGAGACCCCUCCCCCCUCCGCCCCCUCCUGCUUUCCCCUUGCCCCCGCCGCCCCCCCUCGCCUUCAACCAGCCCCCCCAGCCCCCUCCCCCGCCCCACGAAGGGAGAGAGGAGACGGGGAACGAAUACGAAGGGAUCGGAAAUGUUUCUGUGACCGGGAGCAGCUCAACAGCCAUUCCUGCUGCUGGGGAGAGUGGAGGAUACGUCAAGCUGCAGGGAAAGCCUGAGCCAGACCCCCCUGCGAUGCCAGUGGAGAAUAUCCUGCCAGUGCCAGACCCUCCCUCUGCAACUGACAAGGUGACUCGGAGCCCCCCGGCCCUCCCUCUCUCCUCGGAAGACCGGCAGCUCCUCUCCUUCUACGCGGAGCAGAGCCAGGCUCACCUAGUCUCCCUGAACGACGCCAUCGACUCCCUCUUCACCAGCGUGCAGGGGAACCAGCCGCCCAGGGCCUUCGUUUCCAAGGGGAAGCUUGUCAUCGUGACGGCGCACAAGCUGGUCUUCAUCGGGGACACCCUGUCCCGCCUCCUUGCCUCCCCAGAGGUCAGGUCAAAGGUCACGACCUCGGGGGCCCACCUGUGUCAGGCGCUCAAGGUGGUUGUCCUGGCAACCAAAGGGGCAGCCCUGCAUUACCCAUCAGUCUCUGCUCUCCAGGAAAUGGUGAACCGGGUGGCGGAACUCUCCCAGCAUGCAGUGCGGUUUGCAAGUCUCCUGCCCAGAAUGGCCAAUCCUUCAUGACCAAAAUGAUUUAUUUUUUUCUUUCUUUUUAAAAAGGUUUUCAGUGGACCUUUUUUUUUUUUUUUUGCAGUUGCCUACAAUCCCAAAUCAAGUGACUGAUUUCAUUCCUUCACACCAGAGAGAGAGAGAGAGAGAGAGAGAGAGAGAGAGAGAGAGAGAGAGAGAGAGAGAGAGAGAGAGAGAGAGAGAGAGAGAGAGAGAGAGAGAGAGAGAGAGAGAGAGAGAGAGAGAGAGAGAGAGAGAGAGAGAGAGAGAGAGAGAGAGAGAGAGAGAGAGAUGUGUGCUGGUUUUAAAACGACUGGAGCUCACAAUAUAAUUCCAUGAAUCGAACCCGCUUUGUAUAUGAAGUCGCUACACAGUUCUCAAAUGUGCUGGUUUGUAAGAUACACGUCUUACAGCAAUUUGAAACAUGUGGCUGGGUUCAAGAAAUCUCUGUUUGAAAGUCAUACUUUCCAGGACUGUCAGUAUCAGGGAUCACUGGCUGAAAGCUUCUCAGUCAACAGGGGGAGCAGCUGAUUGGUUAUUGACAGGAAAGAAGCCUGUGAAGGGGUGGGGAUAAUUUCACUCUCUGGUUGAACUAGGAAGUGCAUGACAUUCUCAAAACGUGUCUUGCAAACAGGGAAUUCCUGAUCACGGUAGAUGAUUGAAAAUGAAAACGCAUGUUUGCUAAAACAUGCCUUUCUUUCGAAACUGCCCAUUUGAAACCGGAGAAAACAUUAGGAAUUAUUUUGUUUGCUACAAUUACUUUAAACCUUAUCCAAGGGAAUUAACAAAAUCUUCCAGUUUAUUAGAACAGCAAACUCACUACUCUCGAUUCCUUCAACGGCUUUUUGGUCCCUCUGCAUUAUUUACAAACCAGGAUUGUGGGCAGCUGUGAAAUCCACAAUAGCUUUCAAUGGUUCAGGCCUCUUUUCCAAGUAUUUGUAAGAUUUUUUUAAAUAAAAUUUGAGUUCAUCUGUACACUAACCUUUUCAUCACGCUGUAAGGCGACAUAUGUAAGUCUUUCAUUUUUUUUUAAUAAAUCGAUUUGACACGUUGA